ACUUUGACACUCUGGGUGUAAACAAGUAUCUGUUUUGCCUUAUGCGAGGGAAAAAAAAUGCAAAUAGUUAAGAAAAUAUGUCUAUAUUUAAUCAGUCUAUUUGAGCUGAUGUGCUUUUCGUGCAACAGUAAAUUGAGCUUGCAGCUGAGCCGCUUCGGAGCAAGUGCGCAUGCGCGAGGCGACUUUCUCCCCCUCCCACGGCUGCAGCUUGACGUCUCAAGACAUGUCCCCUCUCCAGGUGGGAGCAACAUCUGCAUUUUUCACAACUCAGGUUUGGCCACCGAAGGAACUGUACCUGCUUUUUUUUUGUCCUUAAUGGCGCCGAAAUGUUCAUGCGUUGUUUUCUCGGCAGUUCCCAGUAAAUAGGAGAAAAAACGAAUGUGCUGCAAAUUCAUAUAGAGCGACAGUCAUGGGCCGCUCGGUAGAAUAGGCCAGCGAUCAGUUGUCUGGAGGCGGGGUUUAGUCAUAGUCUUCGGAGAGCCCCACUCAGUUUCCCACCAUGGCUGAAGAGGACUAUGCCGCUUUCGUGGACUUGAACCAGAUGGGGGAUCUGGCGAAGAGCAGCGGGCCCACCAAGGUGGACUGCAAGGACCUGCGAGAGUUUAAGCAGAUGGCCCGUCAGGGUUACUGGGCCAAGAAUCACACGCUUCGGGCGCAAGUGUACCAGCAGCUGAUCAAAAGCAUCCCCUGUCGCACGGUGACGCCAGAUGCCGAAGUCUACCGGGACCUCAUGGGAAGUGAGGUCACCAAGAAGCCGUCCUCCAACAUCCCGUUGCCCGACUUUGUGGACGGGAGCCCCGUGCCGCGCUAUUGCUUGAAGGCCGAUGCUGUUGGCUCCGCCCACCGCAUAAUCGGCUGCCUGGCUGGUCAGUUUCCCGAUAUUUCCCACUGCCCCUCCCUCCCGGCCAUCACGUCUUUGCUCCUUCACUUCAGCGCCGACGAGGCCCAGUGUUUUGAGCACGUGAGCCGCAUACUGGCUUGCAACGAGCCGGGUAAACGGCUCCUGGACCAGACCUUUCUGGCCUACGAGUCGGGCUGCAUGACUUUCGGAGAUCUGGCCAACAAGUACUGCGCCCCGGCUCAUAAACUGAUCGUGGCCACGGCCCGGGAUGUUCUGGAGGUCUACGCGGACUGGCAGCGCUGGGUGCUCGGCGACCUGCCCUUCAGCCACAUAGUCCGCAUCCUGGAUGUCUACCUGGUGGAGGGCUACAAGAUUCUAUACCGCGUUGGCAUAGCUUUACUCAAGUUUUACCGGAAGCACAAGGCGGGAGCCGCGAGGGCGCCAGCCGACCAGCAGCAGGAUUCCGGCAAAGUCAGGUCAGACAUUCAGGCUUUUGUCAAAGGAAUCGCUUCGGUGGUCACGCCUGAUAAGCUGCUCGAGAAGGCCUUCACCAUUCGCCUGCUGAGCCGCAAGGAGAUCACCUUGUUGCAGCUCACCAAUGAAAAGUCCCUGCAGCAAAAAGGCAUCACGGUCAAGCAGAAGAGGAGGAACGUGCAGCUGGCGCUCAACCCGGACACUUUCUCCUCAGAGAUCGUCAGCGCGAAGGAGAUGCGGGACAUCUGGUCGUGGAUUCCCGAGCGCUUCGCCUUGAGCCAACCGCAGCUCCUCUUCACCACCUCCACGCAUGGCUGCAGCCUCAACAGAUUCUACGAGCAUUGUGAAGGCCACGAGCCCACGCUGCUCCUGAUCCGAACCACAGACGGCGAUGUAUGCGGAGCCUUCCUGUCUACUGAUUGGGAAGAACGCAAGAGGGGAGGCAACAAGCUGAGUUUCUUUGGCACAGGGGAGUGCUUCGUCUUCAGGCUGAAGCCGGAGAUGGAGCGCUACGAGUGGGUGGUGAUCCGCCACCCGGAGUUAGCCUCCGCCGUCAAGGAUCGCGGUCAGGAGGACACGGACCCCUCCGAGGGCCAAAACUCCGUCACAAAUAGUCUGCAGCCGACAGAGAAGGCGGCCGGCGAGCUGUCGCCCUUCCUGUCCGCCCGCCACUUCAAUCUCAACUCGAGGAACACGUCCAUGUUUAUGGCUGGGAACUUUGACUCUAUCAUUGUUGGUGGAGGCGAAGGCAACGCCCUGUACAUCGACUCGGAGCUGAACCACGGGCGCACCGGCUGCUGCGCCACGUUCGACAACCCGCCACUGUGUGCCGAGAGCUUCCAAGUGGCCCUGCUGGAAAGUUGGGGCUUCCAGGACGCCAUGGCAACAUAACGCUGCACCCACUUUAUACAACCCAAUCGCGGGAAAACACUUAAUCUAACCUACAUUACUCGCAGAAAGUUAGCUUUCGGGUGAAAUUCCAUCUGGAUCCAAAAUGCACUAUAACGUUGAGAGGUCAACCUAAUUUGACCUUCUCUAAAUGUCCGAAUGCACGUCCAACUUGAAGUGAAAACAUUUCGCCGUCCUGCAAAUUAAAUCUUGAUUGUAUUUUUGGACCUUAUUUCAUCAGAACAAAAUCUCAUGUUUUUCCAAUUUAUUGUUAUGUAUAAAUGUUCAUAAUUAGCCUGAUAGUGUACAGUUUCGCGUCACGUCGUGAUGUGUUGCGUUCAUAUCCAUGCUGAGGAGCGAUUUAGAUGUGUUGUGUAAAUUUAUUUUUAUGCGAAGUUUAUUACAAGACUGCCAAAUUCUCAAUCAAAGUGCAGUCCUGAGGAAAGAUCAGUGACCACAUAGGUUCAUAUUGGUAUAUUGUCUUAAAUAUGUCUGGCCGUAAAGUGUUUUUAAAUCUGAUCAACAAGAUUCAAAUGUAAUGAGCGGAUUUGUUGACUGAAGUUGUGGUCAUGUGUCUGAUCGCUCGGACUGAAUUAAUGUGAUUUGUGCUUGUGACUCGUGUCCGUGAUGCAUUUCAGUGUUGCCGUUUUGCACCGUUUAUCCCAAAGCUGUAAGUGACGACUAAGAAACAGAAAUGUAAGUUGUGAGAAAUGCUUAUUUGGUUUAAAAUCAAUGGUCUCUCCCAUGGAUUCUGUCCUUCACAAUUGUGGUGUUUGGCAAUAUGUUCUCCCACUGAUGCAACCUUUUGGGAUUUGUACAUCUAUAUUGUUGAUUGUCUAUUAAAAAAAAGUGAUAAUGCAGCACUAUGCUUCAA